CGAACCUUCCCUACACUUUCUCACAUACACCUAUAUCCUCUUUGUUUCUUCAACUUUCCAACAUGGCAAAAGUUGCAAAACUAGCAAAGCUUAAAUCAGUGCUCAAGAAAUGGAACACCUUCACCUAUUACAACAACAACAACAAGCACAACCGCUCCAGUAUCAGAGCGGUUGUGAAUGAUGAUGAGUCGACACAAGACCUUCGCCCCGUGUUUGUGGGAAAGACACGGCGGCGAUACCUUGUUAACUCUGAAGUUGUUGGUCAUCCUCUUUUUAAGGAGCUUGUGGAUAGGUCACGCGAUUCGACCGAGGUAAAUGAUGAAGAUGAUACGGUUAACGUGGCUUGUGAGGUUGUCUUGUUCGAGCAUAUGUUGUGGAUGAUUGAGAAUACUGAUCCUCAACCGGAAUCAUUGGAUGAACUCGUUGAUUAUUACAGUUGCUAGCUGUGUCGUGGUAACAGCAUUUGAGCAAAAGAUCAUGCAUUAGUAUCCCUUGUAUGUAUAUGUAUAUGUAUACAUAAUGCUUAGGUUAAACAAAUAAGACCGAUUAAUCAGAGAUUAGUCAUUAAUCUAUAUGACUUGGUUCUCCACACAAGUUUCAUUUCAAUCAUGUAGUGGUGUAUUACUUCAUUUGUUUUUAAUUAAGUAUUCUUUUCCUAUUUCA